AGGGUGUCAGAGCUCCCACAAUGCAGCACGGGCUAAAGUGAAUUACAUUACACAUCUGAGAGUGAAUAACUUUAAAUAUAUCUCCUCUGUUCAUCUGAUACCUCCGUGAACUGUCGGUCCUGUUUGGCAUUUGUGAGGUGAUCUUCAGGGACUGGCUCGCUGUCGUAUAUCUCCAACGUCCCAGCCUGUGGCUGUGGGAUCAGGACUUUAGGUUAAGAUGGAUCCAGAAUAUGAACACCGCCUCCUCCGCCAAAUCAACAUUCAAAAUGACAACUUGAGCCCUAUUAAACUGACGCAGAGUCCACGCGGUCGGACGCCCCCCAGCUCCCCGCUGUCUUCACCCAGUAAACUUGGAGACAGAUUUAUUCCAACCAGAGCGGGGGCAAACUGGAGUAUCAACUUCCACAGGAUCAAUGAAAAUGAGAAGUCGCCAAGUCAGAACAGAAAAACAAAAGAUGCCACUUCUGAUAACAUCAAAGCAGAUGGGCUGGCCUACUCUGCUUUGCUGAAGAAUGAGCUGCUGGGAGCAGGAAUAGAAAAGAUCCAGGACCCUCAGACAGAGGACAGGCGUCUACAGCCAUCAACCCCAGAGAAGAGAAGUCUCUUCAAUUAUUCACUUAAUGUCAAGAGGUUGUCACCAGAUGAUAGCACCAACAUCUCCCCCUACUCUCUAUCGCCUGUCAGCAACAAAAGUCAAAAAUUACUGCGUUCACCAAGAAAGCCAACUCGCAAGAUCUCAAAGAUCCCUUUUAAAGUCCUGGAUGCUCCCGAGCUGCAGGAUGACUUUUACCUCAACUUGGUGGACUGGUCGUCUCUCAACGUGCUCAGUGUCGGGCUGGGUACAUGUGUUUACCUGUGGAGUGCCUGCACCAGCCAGGUAACAAGGUUGUGUGAUUUAUCGGUGGAGGGAGACUCAGUCACGUCAGUUGGGUGGUCCGAAAGGGGUAACCUAGUGGCAGUGGGGACACACAAAGGCUAUGUUCAGAUCUGGGACGCUGGUGCUGGGAAGAAACUCUUUGCCCUGGAGGGACACACAGCCAGAGUUGGAGCAUUAGCAUGGAACGCAGACCAAUUGUCUUCGGGAAGCCGUGAUCGUAUGAUUCUUCAAAGAGAUGUGCGGACCCCUCCACUCCAGUCAGAGAGACGGCUGCAGGGACACAGACAGGAAGUGUGUGGCUUAAAGUGGAGCACUGACCAUCAGCUGCUCGCUUCUGGUGGCAACGACAACAAGUUGCUGGUCUGGAACCACUCCUCGCUGAGCCCAGUGCAGACAUACACAGAUCACCUGGCUGCAGUGAAAGCCAUUGCCUGGUCCCCCCACCAGCACGGCCUGCUGGCCUCUGGAGGCGGCACUGCUGACCGCUGCAUCCGAUUUUGGAACACCCUGACCUCACAGCCGCUGCAGUGUAUGGACACCGGCUCUCAGGUCUGCAACCUGGCCUGGUCCAAACAUGCUAAUGAGCUGGUGAGCACUCAUGGAUACUCUCAGAACCAGAUCUUGGUGUGGAAAUAUCCAGCUCUCACUCAGGUUGCCAAACUCACAGGACACUCCUACAGAGUGCUCUACCUGGCCAUGUCCCCAGAUGGUGAAGCGAUUGUGACGGGUGCUGGAGAUGAGACUCUACGCUUCUGGAACGUAUUCAGUAAAACAAGGUCGACUAAGGAAUCUGUAUCAGUUUUAAAUCUCUUCACCAGGAUACGGUAACUGUAAGGAACUAUUAGAAGUCUAAAACUUUAUUUUGAGUGGAUCCUGGUGUCAUCACUGGAUAGCUCAUCACCAUGGUGCUAAGGACAUACAGUACAACCUAAGGCAACUUGUGACUUUUUUUUUCCACAGAGGAAAUGGCAGCGAGAACAACUGAGCAUGUUUUCCAUUCAUGCCAACAAGUGUUUGGGAAAUUAUUUUUGAAGUCUGUGCUCUUGUUAUGAAUAUAACAUUUUUUUUAUUCAACAAAAAAAAAAUCGAAGUGGAUUGAUUUCCAUUUGUUUUGUAUUUGCAACACAAAAUCAUGGGCCUUACUUAAAAAUAUUGUGUUGUGGAGAGAGCAUUUUUAGUUUUUGUUUAACUCAGGUCUUAUUUAUUUAACGCUGCAGUGAAAUCCUCAAUGGAGAAAAUGCCUUUACAUAUUGUGACUAAAACAUAAAAACAAAACAUAAUCACCCAUUAAGGCCUUUACAGUAUGUUCACCAUGUUUACUGUGAUCCUUAGAGUACUAAGGUUGAGAGUGGUUGGCUGAAAUAAUGCAGUUUUGCUCCUGUGGACAGAAAGUCUAAUGCUGUGCAUCAAGACAUACUACAUAGUUGACUCUUUGUAGUAAAGGAAGAAAUAAAGACGAUGGAACUGAACAA